AUCGGCGCCAAUCUCCCUCGGCCGAGGGUUUUUCGCGAUUCUUUUCGCCCCGAGUCUAUCCCACCCCCGAGACGAGUCGAGAGACGGUGGGGGGGCGGCAUCCAGAGGGUGCAGCCGUCGGGUAUCGGGACUCAGCCUCGUCAGUUUAGUUACCGCACCACAUAAAGGCAUUGCGUUGUAGACACCGUUAUACCCGCAACAUUCUUACUAUUUGCUUGCAUAUCUCCUGAUUUCUGACCCUUCAAUUCGGCAUAAAAAAAAAGAAAGGAAGAGAAAAAAACACUCGAUUCGGUAUCGUCCUAAAAAAGAACAGUCGUCGCCGUUGCUCUCAUCGUCAUCGUCGUCGUUGUUGUCGUCGUUCUCUAAAGUUCAGUUUGUUGCUGCUGCUUUGUCCCGUCCACGUGUCGAUCGAGCGAUACCUCGCCAAUCGGGUGACACCGUUCGCAAGAAAGCUCGCGCGGAGAGAAAGUAGAAAGGGUAGAUCUCGCGCGGGAAGAUAUAAGUUCGCCGGGGAAGAAAUCGGCUAGAGAUAGGGAAACGACCCCUCCGCGUUCUUCCGAUCUUAUAAUUUGGUUCGAUCCCCGAUCCUACGUUCUCCAGCUCGUUUUGCCGCCCCCCCAAGGAACGUCUCUUCUUGGUGUCUCGAUCAUUUGCCCUUCUCGAUUCCUCUGAUUAACUUGACGCGUCGCGAUUAACAACUCGGAGACACGAAUCGGUGUGUAAGACGGUGCGUGAUCUUCUCACGUAACACGGGAGAGAAAGGGGAGUUUGGGCGCAUUAACGAGGAACCGGUAGCGUGAUCAACGAGAUCGUCAGCUGGAAGAUCCUUUAAUCGGCAGAAGAGGCACCAGCAAAGACAAAACGAAAGAGAGAGAGAGAGAGAGAAAAAGAAAAGGGAUAGAGAGAAGGACAAAUAGGAGUGCGUCCUGCUGGUCGGGGGUGGGAGUGAAAGAGAGAGACACUGGGUGUGUUCGCCGCGCGCGCGAGAUUUGUUUAUCUCCCGUCGCGAGUUCUAGUUAUCGAGUGUUCACAAAUAAUCCGGCAUCCGAGCUCGCGUUUACGAGGGACUUCGAUGCCGGGGACUCGUGUUCGAUGAUCGAAAACCGGCCUCCACGUUGAUCGCGCGAUCGUCGGUUCGCACGCUCCGAGUCGCGGCGUAAAGUUUGUUGAGAGAUUUGUUGAGAGAAAAGGGAGCGAAGAGGGAGAAAACUAGUAUAUAAAGUAUACCGGGGAUACCGCGUAUGAUAGAGAGAAAUUUAAGUAAUUAAGUAGAAACCCACCGCCGUUCCGUUCUGCGCCCAGAUAUCGGCAUCCUCCAACCACUGAUUUUCAUCGUUAACCGAUUUCGUACAUAGUUAGGGACGACUCGUUAGAGGAUUGCAAUGAUGGCGAACGGAAUGGACACAGUCGUACAACAAAACGGAGGAUCCACCCUCGGACAGACCUCGCAGGAAGAGUCGAAGACAAAUCUCAUAGUAAACUACCUGCCGCAGAGCAUGACGCAGGAUGAGAUUCGUUCUCUGUUCUCCAGUAUAGGCGAAGUCGAGAGCUGCAAGCUAAUCCGUGAUAAGCUCAGCGGUCAGAGUUUGGGUUACGGUUUCGUCAACUAUCACCGGCCUGAAGAUGCCGAAAAGGCUAUAAACACGCUCAAUGGUCUUCGUUUACAGAACAAAACCAUCAAGGUGUCGUACGCGAGACCGAGCAGCGAGGCGAUCAAAGGCGCGAAUCUGUACGUGAGCGGCCUGCCGAAAAACAUGGCGCAGCAGGAUCUGGAGAAUCUCUUCAGUCCUUACGGCAGAAUCAUCACGUCGCGGAUACUGUGCGACAACAUUACCGUACGACAGUUUGUGACCGGCGGCGGAGACAAUUUGCCCGGCCUGUCGAAGGGCGUCGGCUUCAUAAGGUUCGACCAGCGCGUCGAGGCCGAGCGGGCGAUCCAAGAGCUGAACGGCACCAUACCGAAGGGCUCGUCCGAGCCGAUCACCGUCAAGUUCGCCAACAAUCCCAGCAACAACAACAAGGCGAUACCGCCGUUGGCCGCCUAUCUCGCCCCGCAGGCCACGCGGCGCUUCGGCGGGCCGAUCCACCAUCCGACCGGCCGCUUCAGGUACAUUCCACUGUCGCCACUAUCCAGCACUGGCAAGGCCAUGCUUGCCAUUAACAAAGGCUUACAGAGGUCAGUAUUUUUUUCGUUACUACCGCUACGUUUUCCACUCCUAAUUUUCGUUAACUUCCUCCGUUGUGUGGCUUCAUUCUGUCUCUUUCUCGCUCUCUUUCUCUUGUUCUCUCUUUCUCUCUCCCCUCGACUCGUUACGAAUUCGACAUGAAAAUACCGCGAAACGAUUUCAUAACUAAAACGGCUUCGAGAUAAUUAACGUUGUUAAUUUUUAACAGUCGCUACUGAAUUUUUUCAGUCGCUGCCUUGAAGGCUCUUACGCGAACAUUUUGUCCGAGAUGUAAAAUAUAUUUGCCGCUGGCUCUCUUUAUGUAAGCGUAGUUUCGUAACGGGGUCCCCCCACUAUUCUCUCGCAUUCUUCACCACUUUUGCAUUUUCCACUUGUCUUUCGCUUCGACUUUCGUUUGAUUCAGUUGUGCAAACACAGUGGUAGACAUGUUGACGUCACGUUUUCUUGAGUUUCGCAACCAAGCCUCCUUGGCUCCCCCGUUCUUCCACGUAUUUACAUAGUGCAAUCUGUCCAUCUGAUAAACGAUUAAACCGCCGCAAUAUUUGUCACCGUAGUAUUUGCAACGAUCGCAGCUUAUAGAACAUUUUAGAGUUUCGUUGUUCUCAUUGCGCAAUGGCGCGUAAUAGACACGGCUUUAUCGAAAAAGACAAGAAGCACGCGAUCACACAGUCCUGCACUUUAAUGGUAAACGAAAAGAAUGAGAUUCAUAUUACGUUUCACUGCAAUGUUCUAGAGAAAAGCUUUCGAUUCGCAAACUACCCUCGAAUAAGAUCCUGCGCGUAUUCUUUGCAAACCGAAGUUACAAAAACAGACGGAGGCUGCCCUCGAGGGGUAUCUAUUCUAGAUACGAAUGCUCCUAUACGUAGAGAGAAACCGGAUGCAGAUACUCUCGUGUACAUAUGUGUAUAUACGAUAUGCUUGACGAACAAUGAGACGAACUCACAUGCAAGCAACGUGAUGUUACUCCCUUCAUUUCCUCGCCCUUAUAUAGACUCCGUUGUUUCGUUUUUACCGCCCCUUCCCCCCCCUCAUACACACAUGUACACACACGUACACGCACAGACACGUAUACGUACACGUACGUGAAUUGAAUCACAGGCGAUCGUGUAGUCACCCGAUGCACAAGUUUACUGUGUA